AAACAAACAUAUAUUCUAUAUUUAAGAUAGCUUCUAAUUCCAACCACUUCCAAAUACAUUGUUAUCUUGAGAUAUACUCAGAUAAGAUCACCAGUUCGGGCUCCUAGGCGAACUAUAAAAUUAGUCAUGAAGUGGACAGAAAAUACUUGGUUUUUCGUCGGAAAAUAUCGCAACUCUGUGAUGGCUCACCAUGAGACCUUAGCAGACUACUUUCCUGAAAUAAAAGGAGAUCUCACGAAAGUAACGUGGGUACAUGCUGUGAACACUUUGGAAAAACUUGCGGAUGCUCUUAAUGGUAAAGCGUUAAUGAUAGAGGCAGAUAUUGUACUGGGUUGGAAAAGUGAAGAAGAUCGGAAGAAUAAAACAAAACCUCUACCUGUUAUGGCACAUCCCCCAGCUGUCAUCUCUAAUCUCACUUUAGCAGAGUUUUUAGAAACUUUCAUGCAAAGUGGUGCCCGUAAGGGAAUCAAACUCGAUUUUAAGAGUCGAGGUGCAUUUGCAGCUUCGGAAUGGCUGAUAGAGAAAUUGUAUUACGAGAAAUAUAGAGACUUCCCAGUGUGGCUGAAUGCUGAUAUCGUACCCGGUCCUGUAAAUGCUACUGCCCAUGUGGUCGACCCUGAUUAUUUUCUUUCUUCUUGUUUUACAAAGUUUCCCUAUUCUACUAUUUCUGUCGGUUGGACCACGAAACUAGAACCAGGAUCUCUCGAAGGUGUUUACUCAAAAGAAGAUGUGGAUCUCAUGACCGAUGUUUUGAGUAACAACAUGAUUACUAUGCCCGUAACGUUUGCAGUGAGGGCAGCUUUUGCGGCACGGUCCAUUGAAAGGAUGAUUGCCUUGAUCGAUACAUCUCCACCGGGCUCAACACUUACUAUAUGGUCUAGUGUCGCAAGCGAUGUUAUCGAUGUUGCAGCUCUUGGAAGACUUAUUGAUGAAAUUGGUAUAGACAGAGUUUACUUGGAUCUUCCGAAUGAUAUUAUCAAAAACCUGAACCAUUCAAGAAAAACUUCCAGUUCUCCGACCAUUAAACCAUUGCUGGGCUUGAAAGCAGAAUUCCACCAAUUAGACAUUGAUGAUAUUCAAAGCAUCACAAACUUUGCCAAUUUUAUAAAGAAGACCCAUGGAGGAAUUGAUGUACUAGUCAACAAUGCUGCAAUUGCCCUCUUUCCGCUACUGCGACCACAUGCUCGUGUUGUUAAUGUAUCAAGUGCUGUAGGCUUUUUGCAAAACAUACCCGAUGCUGACUUGAAGAAGAAAUUAGGAGAUCCCAACUUAACAUUAAACGAUCUGACCAGUUUAAUGAAACAGUAUAUUUCAGAAGCAAGAGCCGGAACACAUGGUGAAGCUGGCUGGCCAAGCAACAUGUAUUGUAAUUAUACAGUUUCUAAAGUUGGAGUUAGCGCUUUAACAAGAAUUCAGCAUCGUGAAUUCUUAGAGGACCCUCGUGAAGAUAUUGUUAUUAACCACGUCCAUCCAGGUUAUGUUGCUACAGAUAUGACAGAACAUCUAGGACCUCACACAGUUGAGGAAGGCUCAGAUGCUAUAACAUAUGCAGCUCUACUACCAGCAGGGACAAAAUCACCGAAAGGGGAUUUUAUUUGGCGUGAUCGGCAAAUAAUUGAUUGGGUCAACGGGCCUGCUCCAGCUUUCUAUUAAAUCAUUUUGUGACCUAUGAAUUUGAUUAUAAAUUUGAAAAAAAAAAUUCAUCGCAUUGUAAAAAAAAAAUCUAAUUCCAAUAAAAAAAAAUUAAGGAAUCUGGAGGGGUUUGGUGCUAAUACAAACAUGAAACCAUUUGUAGAAUCAAAAGGAAGAAGAUGCGGGCAGAGAGAGCACCCUCUACUCUCUCUUAUUGUUUGUAUCUAAAAGGAAGUCUUGAAAUUAAUAAUUCAUAUGCUUCUAUUUUAUUAAGUAUUUCAUUUUAAUUUAUAUAAUGUUAAUGAUUUGAGCUAAUUUACAAUGUUAUGAAGGUUGGUUGAAUGUAUUCUCAUGAUUUAAUAAAAA